GCGCCUAAAAGCCGCCCCUUGGAGAUGCUUUCACCAGAGCAGUAAGAACUUCCUGCUGGAGUCUCUGCAUCCCCUGGCUCUGAAACACCCCCUGGGAAGGGGCGGAAGACCCCAGGGGGAGGGGCGAGGGGGGAUCCUAGCGCUGCUCUUUUUCCCCUCCCCCUCCCCCGGCGGGCGUGCAGGCAUGGAUGUGCUCAGCGCUAGCCAGAGCAACAACACCACAUCGUCCCAGGGUCCCUUUGAGACGGGUGGCAACGCUACUGGCAUCUCCGACGUGACCCUCAGCUACCAAGUGAUCACCUCUUUGCUGCUGGGCACGCUCAUCUUCUGCGCGGUGCUGGGCAAUGCGUGCGUGGUGGCUGCCAUCGCCCUGGAGCGCUCCCUGCAGAACGUGGCCAACUAUCUCAUAGGUUCUUUGGCGGUCACCGACCUCAUGGUGUCGGUGCUGGUGCUGCCCAUGGCCGCGCUGUACCAGGUGCUCAACAAGUGGACCCUGGGCCAGGUCACCUGCGACCUGUUCAUUGCCCUUGACGUGCUGUGCUGCACCUCAUCCAUUCUGCACCUGUGCGCCAUCGCGCUGGACAGGUACUGGGCCAUCACGGACCCCAUCGACUACGUGAACAAGAGGACGCCCAGGCGCGCCGCUGCGCUCAUCUCGCUCACUUGGCUUAUUGGCUUCCUCAUCUCCAUCCCGCCCAUGCUGGGCUGGCGCACCCCUGAAGACCGCUCAGACCCCGACGCCUGCACCAUCAGCAAAGACCACGGCUACACUAUCUACUCCACUUUCGGCGCUUUCUAUAUCCCACUGCUGCUCAUGCUGGUUCUCUAUGGGCGCAUCUUCCGAGCCGCGCGCUUCCGCAUCCGCAAGACGGUCAAGAAAGUGGAGAAGAAGGGUGGGGAUACUCGUCUGGGAGCAUCCUCAGCCCCUCAGCCCAAGAAGAGCGUGAAUGGACAGCCAGGGAGCAGGGACUGGGGGCCGGGUAUGGAGAACAGAGCUGGCGGUGUCCCGUGCGCCAACGGUGCGGUGAGGCAGGGCGACGAUGGCGCCGCCCUGGAGGUGAUCGAGGUGCACCGAGUGGGCAACUCCAAAGAGCAUCUGCCUCUGCCCAGCGAGGGCGGUGCUAUCCCCUGCGUCCCUGCCUCCUUCGAGAGGAAAAAUGAGCGCAACGCAGAGGCCAAGCGCAAGAUGGCCCUGGCCCGCGAGAGGAAAACUGUGAAGACUCUGGGCAUCAUUAUGGGCACCUUCAUCCUCUGCUGGCUGCCAUUCUUCAUCGUGGCCCUAGUCUUGCCCUUCUGCGAGAGCAGCUGCCACAUGCCCACCCUACUGGGCGCCAUAAUCAACUGGCUGGGCUACUCCAACUCUCUGCUCAACCCUAUUAUUUACGCCUACUUCAACAAAGACUUCCAAAACGCGUUUAAGAAGAUCAUCAAGUGCAAGUUCUGUCGCCGAUGAUGACGGAGUAGUAGCCGGCGACUGCACCCGCCCUUUCACUCUGCCUCCAGCCCUCUGGAAUCAACACCUAAGAUAACUUGAUAUUUCUCCUCUUACUUUUGCAGCUGCUCCGCCCACGGCUUCCGGAUCUCUUUUUCUCCCUCCUGCACUAGGGUGAAGGUGUUCUGUGCAGAGGCCCCAGUGGCGGGGCACUCGGGCUCGGGAAACUAACCCCAAAGGUCUAUGAGAAGCGACCGUGUUCAGACGUAGGUUUCAGCUUCAGUUGCGAUCCCAGCAAUUUCUUCCUCCCUCUUCUAUCCCUCAAAUCUCCGCGGUGGGAAUUUAAGCCUCAGCCAUCCAAGGGGAGUAUUCUACCAAACCAACACACAGCCGAGUCUGCUAACGGCCUCACCUGACACUUCCAGAACUUGGUCUCAAGGCUCAGGACAGCGCUCCCUCUCCCGCCCUCUGGCUCUAGAAAUGUUCUCUCUUUUCCGAUUCACCUCAUCUUCCCUUUCCCUGCUUCCCUCUCUGCUCUUGCCGUCCUGACGUAAUUUGCUGGUCGGGAAAGGCUGGAGUGUCUGUCUGCUUUUCUCUGGGCCAGUGGUGUCACCCGCAGUUCCCCCCAUCCCUGUCUAGACUCCCAGGGGGUGCUGCACGUGCUUGCUUUGUUUUGUUGAAUUCAAAACAAGUGGCUAGAGGUGUCGCUUGCGGUGCACUUGUAAGUACAAGGCUGAGCCAGUGGCGGGAAGCGAGGAAGGGGUGUGGCCCAUUUUAUCCGUGCUAGCCUGGGUAUCAGCACGACCGGGGAAAUUGACCACCUUAGAGUGCGGAGUUUACGGUCUGAAUACGUUGCUAGCAGGUAGCUUGUCCUGGCACCACCGCUUACCUACUGCGGGAGGCGCUCGCCUGCCGCAGUGUGAGCACAGGGAACUAGGAGACCUGGGACCCGUACGCCUGCAGGGCGGUACCAGCUCUCGCAGACUGUGGGCUGCCUACCUACAUGCCCGAACUCCCGGAAUCGAAUCGAGGGUUGAUAAAUUGGUUUGUCCAAGCCCGAGACUUUAGGUCCCGCGGAGUUCUUAAGACCCAAAAGACCAAGAAGGCUGUAAUGGGUGGCAUGGAGGGACUGAGGAAGAGGGAAGUGCCCAGGGCAUGCCUGCCUACGCUCCAGUUUAGCUCUCCCCUUAGAACCCUUAAGGGCAAUUUUAUCCAGAGAAC